AUGCCUUCGGGCUCUGGAAAGCAACGAUUCUCUCUUCUUAAACAACCUAUAUCCUCCACACUGAAUCAGCAUUUGAUAGAUUAUCCAACCCCGAGCAAUCUUAGUUAUUGGUGGGGGUUCGGUCCGUUAGCAGGUCUUUGUUUAGUCAUUCAGAUAGUGACUGGCCUUUUUUUAGCUAUGCAUUACACACCUCAUGUGGAUCUAGCUUUCAACAGCGUAGAACACAUUAUGAGAGAUGUUUCAGGGGGCUGGUUGCUCCGUUAUAUGCAUGCUAAUGGGGCAAGUAUGUUUCUCAUUGUGGUUCACCUUCAUAUUUUUCGUGGUCUAUAUCAUGCGAGUUAUAGCAGUCCUAGGGAAUUUGUUCGGUGUCUCGGAGUUCUCAUCUUCCUAUUCAUGAUUGUGACAGCUUUUACAGGAUACGUACUACCUUGGGGUCAGAUGAGCUUUUGGGGAGCAACUGUAAUUACAAGCUUAGCUAGCGCCAUACCCGUAGUAGGAGAUACCAUAGUGACUUGGCUUUGGGGUGGUUUCUCCGUGGACAAUGCCACCUUAAAUCGUUUUUUUAGUCUGCAUCAUUUACUCCCUUUUCUUUUAGCAGGCGCCAGUCUUCUUCAUCUGGCCGCAUUGCAUCAAUAUGGAUCAAAUAAUCCAUUGGGUGUACAUUCAGAGAUGGAUAAAAUCGCUUUUUACCCUUAUUUUUAUGUCAAGGAUCUAGUGGGUUGGGUAGCUUUUGCUAUCUUUUUUUCAGUGUGGAUUUUUUAUGCUCCUAAUGUUUUGGGGCAUCCCGACAAUUAUAUACCUGCUAAUCCGAUGCCCACCCCGCCUCAUAUUGUGCCGGAAUGGUAUUUCCUACCGAUCCAUGCCAUUCUUCGUAGUAUACCUGACAAAGCGGGAGGUGUAGCCGCAAUAGCACCAGUUUUUAUAUGUCUCUUGGCUUUACCUUUUUCUAAAAGUAUGUAUGUGCGUAGUUCAAGUUUUCGCCCUAUUCACCAAGGACUAUUUUGGUUGCUUUUGGCGGAUUGCUUACUACUAGGUUGGAUCGGAUGUCAACCUGUGGAGGCACCAUUUGUGACUAUGGGACAAAUUUCUCCUUUUCUUUUCUUCUUCUUCUUUGCCAUAACGCCCAUUCCGGGACGAGUUGGAAGAGGAAUUCCUAAUUCUUACACGGGAUGAGCCCGUCCUCCGGACUGACGGCUUUCCUGACUGAACUUUUUGUUCUUGGACUGAUUUAUGGAAUUUCAUUGUUCUAAGAAGUGCUAAAUUCUGACACAGAGUGAGUCUUACACCAAGAAUGAAUUGACAAGCCGA